AUGAGUCUAAACUCUACUGUCAGCAGCGGUAGCGGUGGUGGUGGUGGCGGAAGCAGCGGAAGUCCUUGUGGAGCAUGUAAGUUUUUGAGGAGGAAGUGUGUGCAAGACUGUGUUUUUGCUCCGUAUUUCGAUUCGGAGCAUGGUGCAACACACUUUGCAGCUGUGCACAAGGUGUUUGGGGCUAGCAAUGUAUCAAAACUUCUCCUUGGUAUUCCAAUUAAUAGGAGGCUUGAUGCUGCAAUCUCUCUUUGCUAUGAAGCUCAAUCAAGGUUGAGAGAUCCUAUCUAUGGAUGUGUUGGUCACAUCUUUGCCCUCCAGCAACAGGUGAUGACUUUACAUGCUGAGCUCUCCUACUUACAAAACCAACUUAACUCAACCGAACCACCUCAACCAACAUCACCGCCGGCCGCGGCACCAAUGGUCUUCUCCUUUGCCGACCUACCACCAGCCACCGGCACAUCUAUGCCGGUCACCUAUGACAUGUCUACACUGUUUGAUCCAAUGGGCCAACCUGCAUUGUCCGGGCAACAACAGAGGCCCAAUAUUGACCCGGGUCAAUAUGUAGCUGCUCAUGGCCCAAUAUCAACCUCUGGCUCUGGGCUUCAAUCAGUGGCAUGUGACCUUACUCACAGACAAGUUGGUUCUUCAUCAGGAUCAUCCUCCAAAGCCUCAUCAUCUCCUUCCUUUUCCAAAUUUUAUAAAUGA